CGGGGGCUGCAGGGGGCGGGCGGCGGCUGGGGCCGCACCUGGGGGGCGGGAGGGGGCGGCCCCUCCCGCAGUCCCCGCUCCAGCCGCCCGCUGCCAGCACCCCCCCGGCCGCAAAAUGAGCUUUUUCUCCCUUUUCUCCCCAAAGGAGCGGCUGUCCCACUAGCGGGGAGUGCUUGCCAUGGACAGCGACCACGCGGGCAGGUACCGCCUGAGCGUGGCCGCCAGCCCGCCGCGCUGGGAGGUCGGCAUCUACGCCGCGGGCGCGCUGGCACUGCUGGGGAUCGCGGCCCUCAACCUGUGGAAGCUCUGGCGCUCCGGCAGCUACCCGGCGCCGUCCCCCUUCCCCAACUAUGACUACCGCUACCUGGAGCAGAAAUACGGGGCGGCGUGCUCGGAUGUCAAGCACAAGCGCGGGGCCACCAUGGGCUCACAGAGGGGGCUGGAGAAGACGUCGCCCGUCCGCCAAGCCAGCCUGCGGGCGGCUGACACCUUCGAGAGCAUCAAUGAGCUGGGGAGCCUGGAGCUGAUGAGCAAAGACCUGGGGCUGGCCCCCUAUGGCCCCUUGAAGAAAUCCAUCUCGGCCGACUCGCUCAGCUCCAUCUCCUCCAUCGGGAACAACUUCGGGCAGGACGUCACCGUGGGGCAGGUGGAGGUGUCCAUGGAGUACGACGGGAAGGCGGCCACCUUGCACGUGACGCUGCUGCAGGGCAAGGACCUGCUGGAGAAGGAGGACACGCGCUUCGAGUCCUGCUUCAUGCGCAUCAGCCUGCUGCCGGCUGAGCAGAUCGUCGGCAUCUCCCGGAUCCAGCGGAGCGCCUACGCCGUGGCCUUCGACGAGCGCUUCUCCAUCCCGCUGGACCCGGCGGCGCUGGAGGAGAACAGCCUGCGCUUCUCCGUCUUCGGCAUCGACGAGGACGAGAGGAACGUCAGCACCGGCGUGGCCGAGCUCAAGCUCUCCGACCUGGACCUGGCCCUGCGCCCCUUCAACGCCUGGCUCUACCUGCAGGACAUGAACAAGGCGGUGGACACGGUGGGGGAGAUCCUGCUGUCGCUGAGCUACCUGCCCACGGCCGAGCGGCUGACGGUGGUGGUGGUCAAAGCCAAAAACCUCGUGUGGUCCAACGGCAAAGUGACCGCAGAUCCCUUCGUCAAGGUCUACCUGCUGCAGGACGGGAGGAAGAUCAGCAAGAAGAAGACGGCGGUGAAGAGGGACGACAACAACCCCGUGUUCAACGAGGCCAUGAUCUUCUCGGUGCCGGCCAUCGUGCUCCAGGACCUGUCCCUGCGGGUGACGGUGGCGGAGAGCGGCGAGGACGGCCGUGCCGACAACACGGGCCACGUCCUCAUCGGCCCGGCGGCCAGCGGCAUGGGCAUCACCCACUGGAACCAGAUGCUGGCCACGCUGAGGAAGCCCGUGUCCAUGUGGCACCCGCUGCGGAGGAACUAAAGCUGCCGGCGGGGGGGAGCCCCGCGUGCCCCCGGGACCCUGCGCCCCGACGGCGGCUGAGGGCCGUGCCCAGAGGUCUGGGGCUGGCCCCAAAGGGCAGAGCUGCUGGCACGCCUCGGCCCCAGCAUCCUGCUGCCGAAAGCCUGG